UAUUCCAAGCGGAAGAUAUGUAUCCCAGCGUGCUACAGCUCUUUCUUUUUAGCUAACAUGGCCACCGGAGAUCAUCAGAUAGAGAGGGCUUUCCAAAAGCAACCCACAGUUUUCUUGAACAAAAAGGCUUACCUUCAAGGCAAAUCCAAAAAGGCUCUACGAUAUGUGAGAAAUGUUGGUUUGGGCUUCAAGACACCCAGGGAGGCUAUUGAUGGCACAUACAUUGAUAAGAAGUGUCCAUUCACAGGCAAUGUAAGCAUUCGUGGUAGAAUCUUGUCUGGGAGAGUGUUGAAGAUGAAGAUGAUGAGAACCAUUGUCAUACGCAGAGAAUACCUGCAUUAUGUACGGAAAUAUAACAGAUUUGAGAAGAAACACAAAAAUCUUAGUGUUCACUUGUCGCCUUGUUUUAGGGAUGUGGAGAUUGGAGACAUUGUAACUGUGGGUGAAUGCAGACCUUUAUCCAAGACAGUGAAAUACAAUGUUAUUAAAGUUACCAAGGCUACUGGUGCCAAGAAGGGCUUUAGCAAGGCUUAAGUCUGUUAAACAAUUAAACUUGUCUAAUGUAA